GGUUCUGAGCCGGGCCGGGGCGGGGCUGCAGGAGCUGUAGGUACAGCCGCGUAGUCGCGACAGGUGCGCUAGGCGGAUCGCCUGGGACCCGUGGCAAGGUAACGCAAAGAAGAGGCUACGCUGAGCCAGAGGUGUUUCCAUAUCUGUAAAACAAAAUGGAAUCAACUCCAUUUAACAGACGACAAUGGACUUCCCUAUCAUUAAGGGUAACGGCCAGAGAACUUUCUCUCACCAACAAGAACAAGUCAUCAGCCAUUGUGGAAAUAUUCUCCAAGUACCAGAAAGCAGCUGAAGAGGCAAACAUGGAGAAGAAGAAAAGCAACACUGAAAAUCUCCCGCAGCACUUUAGAAGGGGAGCCCUGACUGUAUUAAAGAAGAAGUGGGAGAACCCAGUGCCGGGAGCAGAGCUGCACACAGACCCAGUGCGAAACAGCAGCUCUGAGGUUAGGCACCGAGUCGACCACCCUCCUGCUGAAGUGACAAACAACUCCACUUCUCCAGCCGGAGCUGAGCACAACAGAAGACAGACCCAGCCCAGACCUAGAUUUGGAUCACGCCCUGAGCCCCAUAUUCAGCGUCGAUAUCACCCUGAGGACACUGAAGAUCUGAAAGACCACACAAUCGAAAGUGACAACAUGGAAAAUUGUCUGGGAGAUUCCAGACAUGAAGUUGAGAAAUCUGAAACCAGCGAAAACUCAGAAGCUUCAAGCAAAAUAGAGAAAUACAAUGUCCCGCUGAACAGGCUUAAGAUGAUGUUUGAGAAAGGUGAACUAACUCAAGCCAAGAUUCUUGGAGCCCAAAGCCACAAUGCAGGUGGAAGAAGGAUCUCUGAAAACAACUAUUCUCUGGAUGACUUGGAAAUAAGCCCAGGUCAUUUGCCAUCCUCUGCAUUCAGCCCAGAGAAGAAUGAGAAUCGUCGAAAUCUGGAGCUCCCACGCCUCUCAGAAACCUCCAUAAAGGAUCGAAUGGCCAAGUACCAGGCGGCUGUGUCCAAACAGAGCGGUUCAGCUAGCUAUAUAAAUGAGUUGAAAGCCAGUGGUGGUGAAAUCAAAAGUCAUAAAUUGGAGCAAAAGGAGAAUGUGCCCCCAAGUCCUGAGGCCUGCACCUCCCAUCAGGAGCUAGAAAAGAUUUCUGCAACUGAGAAUAGACUGACAGACCAUUCCACCCGAGCUGAAGAUGACUUCUGUAACUCUCAGGUUAAGAAUGAGGCGCAGCCGUCUGUGUCCCCCAUGCUGAGUCCAGACACCAGAGCCUCCAGCCUUUCUGAAAGCUCCCCUCCCAAGACAUUGAAGAAGUUUCAGGCACCUGCCAGAGAGACCUGUGUUGAAUGCCAGAAGACAGUCUACCCCAUGGAGCGUCUUCUGGCCAAUCAACAGGUGUUUCACAUCAGCUGCUUCCGUUGCUCCUAUUGCAACAACAAACUUAGUCUAGGGACAUAUGCGUCUUUACAUGGGAGAAUCUAUUGUAAGCCUCACUUCAAUCAACUUUUUAAAUCUAAAGGCAACUAUGAUGAAGGCUUUGGGCACAGACCACACAAAGAUCUGUGGGCAAACAGAAACGAAACUGAGGAGUCCCUGGAGAGACCAGCUCAACUUCCAAAUGCGGUGGAAACGCCCCAGAGCCCAGGGGUAGAAGAUGCCCCCAUUGCCAAGGUAGGUGUGCUGGCCGCGAGUAUGGAAGCCAAGGCCUCCUCUCAGCCAGAAAAGGAAGACAAGCCAGCUGAGACCAAGAAGCUGAAGAUCGCCUGGCCUCCCCCAGCUGAACUUGGCAGCUCUGGAAAUAGCUUGGAGGAAGGAAUCAAAGUAUCUAAACCCAAAUGGCCCCCUGAGGAUGAAGUGAGCAAGCCAGAAGCUCCUGAGGACAUAGAUUUGGAUCUGAAAAAACUACGACGGUCUUCAUCACUGAGAGAGAGAAGCCGCCCGUUCACUGUCGCAGCUUCAUUCCGAACCUCCUCUGUCAAGAACCCCAAAAAUUUGCACCCACCUGUCAGAAAAGGCUGGAGCAUGUCAGACCAGAAUGAAGAGUUUGCAGAGGAAGUAGUGGCAGAAAGGAAACAAGUGGAAAAUGCCAGGGUUCCUGAGAAGAAUGGGAGCGUGGGGCAGAAUAAGGAGUCUACCAGAGGAGAGGCAGGGAGGAGAAGUAGGGAAAUUCAUAGUUUUGAGAUGAGGAGUGAGAAUCUUGUAGAAAAUGGCGCAAACCUCAACGAUGAAUAUAGCAGCUUCCUCAAAGAGCAGUCUCCAGUAGAACCCAAGACUCCAAAGUGGUCCAGCUUUGCAGAUAACACCUCCCCUAAAGAAUUCACUACUCAGAAUCAGAAAUCCCAGGAUAUGGGAUUCUGGGAAGGAGAUGUGGUCAAAGAGCUGUCUGUAGAAGAACAGAUAAAGAGAAAUCGGUACUAUGAUGAUGAUGAUGAUGAAGAAUGACAAACUACAAUGUGCUGGGAAUUAAAUUCAUCUUAGUUUUAGUAGGCCACUGCCCUUUGUCAAAGUGAGGCAAGAAAUGAGAAUCCUACAUGAACUGUCAUUUUUGUGGAAGCAACUUUGGAAAUGAAUUCCUGCUACCAAAAACAAAAACAAAGAAACAUACUGCAGUAACACAAUUCUACUCAGGUGUGGUGCUAUAACCCCAGCAUGCAGGAGGCCAGCCUGGGUAACAUAGUGAGACCUUGUCUCAAAAACAACAAAAACAAAAAACACAAACCAGUUCUAAGUGCUAAAGAUAACAUUUCUUAAAUCUUACAUUUUAAUGAUAAAUUAAUCUUAAAUUUUAAUGAUAUGUAUAAGUGCUUAUAAGCAGGGAAAUAUUCCAAUGGUUAUAAUCCAGAUUCCACUAUAUUCCCAAAAGAUAAUAUUAAAGUAGAUAGAUGAUUAAUAGUACAUUUUUAUAUACAAUUGUGGAAAUAAGAGAACAUACACAGGGACUUAAAGGUCUAAACAUUAUGAUUGAAUGCACUUUAGUAUAAAGGGCAUACUUUGUAUAUUUUUAAAUGUAUACGAAUUUGAUUUUUUAGUAUUCAGCUGUUAAGAGAUCAAAUAUUUAGUCUUCUAAGAUUUUUUUAGGUUAAUUUUGUUACUCUGAUUAUAUGGGGAAUGUAUCACUUUGCAUCCUACUCUUUACAUCUUGAAUUAUUGAAGUACAAGAUAGCUGCCUUUUCAGAGCAUCUUUUCAGAUAAUUGAAGAACCAACCUGCAAGUUUUAGUGAUUGGAGAGAUCCACUGUCUUCCAAAUAUUCUGUGGUAUUUGCCAGUGAGUUUGACUACACCCCAAGUGAUUGCUUUCUUUUUUGUAGUAUCUUUGCUUUUCAAAAUUUACCGAAGAUUGCAAUAUUUUUUGUAAGACCUUUGGAUCAUUAUUCACCAAGCUCCAUAUUAAGGCAAAGUGAGUUCAAGGGAAGAAUAACGGAAAGAAUUGCCUUAACCCACUUAAUCUCAGGUCUCCAGACCUGUAUUUCACUUCUGAUAUCAUCUUUCUGAGACACUGAUUUUUACUUAUCUCUGAAGUGUACUGAUUUUUUAUGGCAGACUAUUCCCAGAGAGAAAUCAAUGAGUGAUAGGCCUUUUUAUUGAAAUAGUUUUCCUUAGUAUUAAGGCUUGGAACAUAUGAGCUUGAGUACAUUUGUUGUACAUAAUUGAUAUUCCAAAUUGUAUGUAGGGGAGAAAGAUGUAUUUCAAGAUAUAGGCUUUUCUUUGUACUGCAUUAGAGAUUGAACUCUAAUAUUUCUUAGAGAUGUAAAAUAUUCUGUUUUCUUACUGUUUUGAUUAGUCUGGGACAUUCUUAUUCAAUAAAGGUUUUAAUUUAA